AUGUCAGUGCUGGCAGCCGGUGUAUCGAAGCAGGGGAUGGCAGCUCAAGGUCAUGGCUCCCACCACGAAGCCGUCAGGUAUUUGGGGCAGGACUUCGAGACCCUGAGAAGGCAGUGCUUGGACUCGGGGCUCCUGUUCGAGGACCCUGAGUUCCCAGCAUGCCCGUCAGCCUUGGGCUACGAGGACCUUGGCCCACAUUCCCCCCAGACUCGAGGCAUCGUCUGGAAGCGGCCCCCGGAACUGUGUGCCAGCCCCCAGUUUAUCGUUGGCGGAGCCACACGCACAGACAUCUGUCAGGGAGACCUGGGUGACUGCUGGCUCCUGGCGGCCCUCGCCUCCCUCACCUUGAAUGAGGAGCUGCUUUACCGCGUGGUCCCCAGAGACCAGGACUUCCAGCAGGACUAUGCAGGGAUCUUUCAUUUCCAGUUCUGGCGGUACGGCCAGUGGGUAGACGUGAUCGUGGACGACAGGCUGCCCACCAAGAAUGGGGAAUUGCUGUUCCUUCGCUCCGGGACGGGCGGCGAGUUCUGGGGCGCCCUGCUGGAGAAGGCCUACGCCAAGCUUCGUGGCUCCUACGAGGCUCUCACAGGGGGUUCCACGGUGGAGGGGCUUAAGGACCUCACAGGCGGCAUAUGUGAGUUUUAUGACCUGAGGAAGCCUCCGGCCGGCCUGUUUCAGAUCAUCCGGAAGGCCCUCCGCGCCGGGUGUCUGCUGGCCUGCUCCAUCGAUGUCUCUGGUGCAGCCGAGGUAGAAGCAGAGACCACUACCUGCCAGAAGCUGGUGAAGAGCCACGCCUACUCUGUCACUGGAGUCGAAGAGGUGGAUUUCCGGGGCCGUCCCGAGAAGCUGGUCAGACUCCGGAACCCGUGGGGCGAAGUGGAGUGGACGGGGGCGUGGAGUGACAGUGCACCAGAAUGGAAUCUCAUAGACCCCCGGCAGAAGGAGGAGCUGGACAAGAGAGCUGAGGAUGGGGAGUUCUGGAUGUCAUUUUCAGAUUUCUUGAGGCAGUUCUCCCGGCUGGAGAUCUGCAGCUUGUCCCCGGACUCCCUGAGCAGCGACCAGCUGCACAAAUGGAACUUGGUCCUGUUCAACUGCCACUGGACGCAGGGCUCCACCCCUGUCCCCAGAGAGGUAAUCCAGCACAGGCAGAGGUGGCUCUCCUUGGGGAUGGCGCGUCUGCUUCCUCCCACACCAUCCCGCGAGCUGCUGCCCCUGGUGGGUGGCAAAGACCAGGUUGGCUCCCGCCCUGCCCCCGAGGAGGGGACAGGGGCGGAGCUCCAUCAACGACGCCCCUGGGCCAGAACCUCUUCCUGGGCCUCCAGACUGUGGGCGCGCUCUGGGACCCACACCACCCUGAGGGAGGUGACCCGCUGGCUGCAGCUGCCCUCGGGGGAGUACCUGCUGGUGCCGUCGACCCUCCAGCCCUCCCAGGACCCGGAGGGGUUCUCAGGGCAGGGCGAGGGGGCUGGCAGGUGA